AUGGCAGCCGGAGGGAAGACAAAGGUGGACACUAUAUCAACAGGUAGUCUGACUAUUUCUACAAUUUUGGUUAUAGCUAUAUUAUUGGUACUGUCAGGUGAUGUAGAAGUAAAUCCGGGCCCUUUAACAAGACAAAGCCAACUAUCAAGCUCAGGCCAGCUAGUUUAUCCCACAUCUAAUACAGAAGACAAUCCCAGUGUCCCAGGUCUCGGGGAAUUGACAGCGUUAAUGCAAUCUCUUAGAGCAGAUAUAUCGACUUUAAGAAAUGAAGUUUUAGAUCUGAGAACGGAGAUGAAAGAACUCAAUAUUAAAGAUGAACUGGUCAAAAUUAGGGAAGAUAUUCAGUGUCUAAAGGGUGCAGAUAGAGAUUUACAGACAGAGAUAGAUGACAAAGAAAAUAGAUUAAGACAAAACAAUGUUAUUUUCUAUGAGGUGAACGAAUCUCAAAAUAAUACGGAGGACUGUGAAGUAACAAUAAGAGAUCUACUGAAAACUGCUCUUAAUAUUAAAGAUUCCGUUGACGACAAAAUCAUUGGUAUUGAACGGGUGGGUGCAUCGAAUUGGAACGAGAAAAACAAAUCCAACCAGACCCCGGCCCAUACUAGUUUCUUUCACCAGAUUAAAAGUUAA